UCAAAGCAGACGAGAGCUUCUCCCUUCCGCCCAAAAACCACCGUCGCAUUGCUCACCACAGUGGAGAAGAGAGGAGGCGCCGUCGAUGGCGCCGUCGUCGUCUUCGCUCCUUUGCCUUCCGUCGCCUCCUCUCUCGGUCCAUCCCCGAAACCGCCGUUCCUUUCGCUCGCCGCCCCCUGCUUCGCGGAUCCCCGGAUGCGGACCGUCCGUACGUGCUCGCCCCUCUCUUCUUCGUCGUCGUCUUCUUCUUCUUCCGAGCUUUCGAGGACGGUGAGGCUCAGAUGCUCUUCGCAGGGGCCAUCGGCCAACGAGAGCGAGCGCGAACUCGAAGUCGAGCGGCUGUUCUCGAAUCUCAACCGGGCCACUCUCAAGCGGGAACCUGGAAGUUUGUCCAGUGCGGUUUUUCUGGUGGCAGGCACUACGGUAGGAGCUGGGAUUCUCGCCAUACCUGCCGUGACACGAGAAUCUGGAUUCAUAGCUUCCGCAGUUACCUGCAUUUUCUGUUGGAUCUUCAUGGUUGCAACAGGGCUGCUCAUUGCUGAAGUCAAUGUGAACACAAUGUGUGAACUGGGAUCUGGAGGUGUAUCGCUGGUAUCAAUGGCCAUGAGAACUAUAGGGAAGUUUGGAGUGCAAGUCGCUUGUUGGUCGUACAUUUUCAUUCAUUAUGCCCUCCUCGUUGCUUAUGUGGCUCGUUCUUCAGAUAUUUUAACAAACUCUCUCGGCAUUCCACUAUGGGAGAGCGCUACCCUAUUCUCACUGGUAAUGGGGGGAAUCUGCUAUUUUGGCAGCCAGCGCUUGAUUGGUGCAGUAAACGGGGUUUUGGUACUUGCUAUCCUAUUGUCUUUCGCAGCUCUUGUGGCAGUUGCAAGCGGAGAUCUCCACUGGGAGGCUCUUCUCAAAGCCAACUUUGAAGCUGUUCCAAUGAGUAUACCUGUUAUUGCACUAUCAUUUGUGUACCAGAACGUAGUGCCUGUUGUUUGUACAAAUCUUGAAGGAGAUCUGACAAAAAUAAGGACUGCAAUUGUCCUGGGCACAGCUAUACCUCUUGGUUUAUUUCUUGUAUGGAAUGCUGUCAUACUAGGAACUAUUACAAGUGCUGAUGUGAGCUCUGAUAACUUCAUUGACCCACUACAACAAUUACGAUCUAGUAAUGGAGUCGUAGGCCCUAUAGUUGAGGUAUUCUCGCUUCUUGCAAUCGCAACAUCCUAUAUCGGAUUUGUUCUGGGCCUCUCCGACUUCUUGGCUGACUUGUUGAAGCUCCCCUCUGGUCAGAGCAAACCUCUACCAUAUCUCUUGACCUUGUUUCCUCCGCUCAUACUCUCAUUGCUAGAUCCAGAAAUUUUCUUCAAAGCCUUGGAUUUUGCUGGAACUUAUGGAGUGCUGGUGCUGUUUGGAAUCCUCCCUGCUGCAAUGUCGUGGUCAGAUAGGCAGUCGAAUUCAAUUACAUCAAUGAAACUACCCAAGCUGGUUCCUGGUGGACAGCUCACUCUUGCGGUAAUCGGCGGAGGGGCGGGAUGGGUGAUAGUAUCUGAAUUACUAGAGAACCUCGGGAAGACAUAAAGAUUCAAGGAUUCAUUUAUCUUUGCCGGAUAUCCAAGCAAUGAUCACUUGAAUGGACAACUCAAGCACAACAUUUUUUUUUUUUAACACUAGCAGCUAGUGACCAUUACCUAAUUUCAUGGUGUUUGCGUGAACAAGGUUUCUCGUUUUGUCGAAGCUCCUUAGGUUGUCUUCCUUCGAGUUAUUAUUUUCAUUCAAAUGUACAAACAACGGACAGCAAGCGAUGGUCCCCAUGGUCAGAUGUUACUUUGAAAGUGUGACCCGCAAUAAGACUCACAUAACUACGAUGAUGUAAUAACUUCUCCCUCUCAUUGUUAUUGAGUAUCCAAAACAUCCCAUAUGGUAGCUUUUCUUGUA